AUUCUUAAACUCGACUCCACCCCCACCCCCACCCCUCUUUCCUAACCCAUCGCCGUCGGUGGUCUUACGUCUUCUUUUUUUGCCUUUAUGAAAAAGUCAAGCACCCUCCUUUGAAUCCAACGCGGACCGAAUCAACAAUCCGACGUCGUUUCCCUGUAAAAUUAAAAAAAAUAUUUCACGUAUUUUCACUCCAUCACAGCUGAGCUUCAAUUUUGAUAUCUUAGCUAACGCAUUUCCAUUUUCCAGAUCGAAUGUGAUACCAUCAAUUUAAGUGUAGCUGUAAUUAGAACUGAAGCAGAUCCGAUUCAUUUUUCAGAAAUGGAUGCGGUGUCCAUUAGAGUACCGUACAAGAAUUUAAAGCAGGAAGUGGAAUUAGUUAACGUUGAUGAAUCAUCUCGGUUUACUCAUUUGGAGAUCCACAGUGAUUCGUCUUCUCCUCCUAGGGUUUCCAAUGGCGAACCAUGCGAUUCGCAUUCUCCUCCUCAGCCGCCGCCUGUACGGAACAGUUUACUCACUUUAAUUCUCAGUUGCACCGUCGCCGCUGGUGUUCAGUUCGGUUGGGCCUUGCAACUCUCUCUCCUCACUCCUUACAUUCAGACACUUGGCAUAGAGCAUGCAUUCUCUUCUUUUAUUUGGCUUUGCGGUCCUAUUACAGGCCUUGUGGUACAACCUUGUGUAGGUAUAUGGAGUGAUAAAUGUCAUUCGAAAUAUGGCAGAAGAAGGCCUUUCAUUUUUGUUGGAGCUGUCAUGAUAUCUAUUGCUGUGAUAGUUAUCGGGUUUUCUGCAGACAUAGGAUACUUAUUGGGGGACACAAAAGAGCAUUGCAGCACUUUCAAAGGCACUCGCUCUAGAGCGGCUAUUGUCUUCGUUGUUGGGUUUUGGAUGCUCGAUCUUGCUAAUAAUACUGUGCAGGGUCCAGCUCGAGCUCUUUUGGCAGAUUUGUCAGGUCCUGAUCAAAGAAAUACUGCAAACGCUGUGUUCUGCUCCUGGAUGGCUGUUGGAAACAUUCUUGGAUUUUCCGCUGGAGCCAGUGGAGGUUGGCACAGAUGGUUUCCCUUUUUGACAAAUAGAGCAUGUUGUGAGCCAUGUGGAAAUCUCAAAGCAGCGUUCUUAGUUGCAGUGGUCUUUUUGACUCUAUGCACGUUGGUAACUCUCCACUUUGCCAAAGAAGUCCCGCUGUCACUCAAGCAAACCAAUCGCUUAUCAGAUUCUGCUCCUCUGUUGGAUAGUCCUCAGAAUACUAGCUUUGACCUUUCUCAAUCAAAAACAGAGUCGCAAUCUGUAAAUAAUGUGACCAAUAAUGAAUCUGAGGUGGGUCAUGUAACCAUUAAUAGUCCAAAGAAUGAAGACCAGAGACAUGAGCAGGAUCAAGGUGAUGGCUUCACUGAUAGCCCUGGAGCAGUUUUGGUCAAUCUAUUGACCAGCUUACGACAUUUGCCUCCUGCAAUGCAUUCGGUUCUCAUUGUCAUGGCUCUGACUUGGUUGUCCUGGUUUCCCUUUUUCCUCUUUGACACGGAUUGGAUGGGGAGAGAAGUCUAUCAUGGGGACCCGAAAGGAGAAGCAGCUGAAGUAAAAGCAUAUAACCAAGGUGUCAGAGAAGGUGCAUUUGGUUUGCUAUUGAAUUCUGUUGUUCUUGGCAUUACCUCCUUUCUUAUUGAGCCAAUGUGCAAGUGGAUUGGUUCCAGACUUGUUUGGGCUGUGAGCAACCUCAUUGUAUUUGCCUGCAUGGCGAGCACCGCUAUCAUUAGCCUGGUUUCUAUCAGUGCACAUUCACGAGGAGUCCAACAUGUGAUUGAAGCUACUCAAUCAACGAAAAUUGCUUCUUUGGUUGUUUUCUCGCUUCUUGGCAUUCCUCUUGCUGUCACUUACAGUGUUCCUUUCUCUAUCACAGCAGAGUUGACAGCUGAUGCUGGUGGUGGUCAAGGGUUGGCAAUAGGAGUCCUAAAUCUUGCAAUUGUUGUACCUCAGAUGAUUGUAUCACUGGGUGCUGGUCCAUGGGAUGCUUUAUUUGGUGGAGGGAACAUUCCGGCAUUUGUCUUGGCAUCUUUAUCUGCACUUGCUGCUGGCAUUUUUGCAAUGCUCAGACUACCAAAUUUAUCAAGUAAUUAUACAUCAACUGGCUUCCACUUUGGUUGAGUAAAUUAGUUCAUUAUACUCAUUACACGUAGGGCAUGUUACCGAAUCAACAAAAGCAUAGUAUAGUUGUGACAGAUAUCUGAAACUUCCACUCAUAUUCAAUUCAUUUUUCC